AUGUUCGAGCACCCAUGUUUUCCCACCAGAGAAUUUGUUCGUACAGGGACAAAAGCACGAUUCAGAAGUAAAUUCCGAGAAGACGAAAUAAAGGAUUUCGGCCAAAGUAAGAAGGAGAACCUGGAGCGGUAUGUCAAAUCAACCAACGUCAAAGGCUCGAGAGAGCAGGUUCAUUACCUUGGGCUCACUAGUAAUGACGUUUAUGACGAAGAAGGUAAUGUCCUUCAGACGUCGCAGAAAUUCAAUGCUACGCCGGAUACUGGAUUUUCGAGGCGAAUCGGCUACAGCCCUCUGAGGUUGUACGAGCUAGCUAAAAUGGGUCUACAUAACCUUCCCCGAUCCAGCCAGCAGCCUUCUGUCGUGAAGAAACCAAUGAAGAUUAGAAAUAAAGCCAGGUUAAGUGCCAAAGCCAGUAUUUUGGUUGCUAGGUCUAAUUAUAAGGCUCAUUAUUGGUUAACCUUGAAUUCAGAGGAUGACGAUUGGAUACAUAGAGGCUUCCGCGUCAAGCACCUUCAGACCUUGGUUACAAUUCUACAUAUUUCUAUCUUAAGGUCAGAUCUGGAAACAGCCUGGAGAGUGUUUCCCUUAUUAAUUCGAUUCGCAGACGUGGAUGUUCGACAGUACUGGACAAUCGGGAUAGAACUUUUGAACUACAGAUACGGAAAUCUUGAAUCUGGGCUUAAAUUUUUGGACUGGCUAUUCAUCAAUUAUCCUAGUGGUCGAAGCUAUCGAAAAUCGUUAUGGAAAAUCUGGCCUCGGUCUCAAGAGCUUCUACCUUACUUACUGCUAAUGAGGCUAGUAAGUUAUUCACCUCGCGAUGUAUGCGAGCAAUUAGAAGACCUUGUACUGUCAAAGCCCUAUACUGCAGAUCCCAAUGUUUGGAUACUACACGGAAUUUCGUUGUUACAACUAGGCCAGCGAUCCAAAGCCAGAGCCAAGUUCCAGAAAUCUAUCGAGCUAGGAGCCUGGCUUCCUCAACCUUUAUUGAGAGCGUCUGGGUGGCACCAAUAG